AUGGUGGCGCAGUUGGGAAAAAAUGCUAAACUUAAAAUUGUUUAUCUUGAAACCGGUAGACCUGAUUCCACUCAAGAUAAACGCCUUCGUGAUCAUAAAAAAUUAAUACGUUUUUCCAAAGAUUCUAUUGAUACCACAAGAAACGUAUUAAAGCACAAAAAGAUAUUCAACCAAUUAUCGAAGAGACAGGAUUUGUCUAUAUUUACUAUUAACGUUGCAGGCGAAAAAUAG